UUCGAUGUCAGAUUAGUAUCUCAGACUAAAUUUAAAAAUGAACACCAUACGAAAUUUUCGUUACAAGAGGAUUAAUUUAAGUCAAUGUCUUCGUUUCUGCAGCAAAAAGGGCUGCGAAGAGUCCAAGAGAUGUGCCGAUCUGAAGGCAAGUAGCAUCUGCAGCCCGGAAAGCAAAAAGGACACAGAUGAGAAGAAAGAAUUGAAGAAGGUCACGCUGCUGGAGGGCGAUGGUGUGGGCUGUGAGCUGAUCGGGUCAAUGAAGCAGGUCUGCGAAGCCGCCAAGGUGGCGAUCGAAUGGGAUACCAUUGCUAGCUACAAGUCGCCCGACAGCAAUAAGCUUAACCCUGAUCUGCUGGAGUCGCUUAAAUGCAACAAGGUGGGCAUCAAGGGGCCCAUCGCAAGCGGACAACAUCUAAAGCAGCUACGCAAGGCAUUCGACCUUUACGCCUUUGUGGCCUUCUGUCGCAACAUAGAGGGUCACAAGACGCCAUAUGGCAUGCUCGACUGUGUCGUUAUACGCGAUGUGAUGGAGGGCGAAUACUCCGGCAUUGAGCACAGUGUCGGGCCGGGGAUCCUACAAUCCAUCAAGGUGAGCACGGAGGCGGGCGCCGAUCGUAUUUCUCGCUUUGUGUUCAAUUUUGCCCUGAAGAAUGAGCGUAAAAAGGUCACAGUAGCGCACAAGGCCAACAUAAUGCAGCUAACUGAUGGCAACUUUCUGAAGUCCAUGCGCAACGAAGCCACCAAUCACUUGGAAAAAAUAAAGUUUGAGGAGAGAUAUAUGGACACAGCUUGCUUGAAUCUAGUUAUGAACCCCGAACUGAUUGAUAUCAUCGUCUCCUCCAGCAUGUACGGCGAUGUUCUUGUCAUGAUGGCGUCCAGUAUAAUGGGCGGUAAGGGACUGUGCCCUGGCUAUUAUGUGAGCAAAAAUGGUCUCCUAUACGAUACGCUCGUUAAAACCAAUUUGGAAUUGGCCGGCAAGGAUAUAAUAAAUCCGACCGGAAUACUGCUCUCUACGGCGCUAAUGCUUAGACAUUUGAAAUUGGACUCGCAGGCCUCUAAGAUUGAGUGUGCUGUUCAGCAGGUUUACAAGGAUACCGAUAUUCGGACCAAGGAUACUGGCGGCAAAGCCAAGUGCUCGGAGUUUACUAAUGCCGUUUGCGACUUUAUUUCAAAGAUGGAUGGAUAGUGUUUAUUUUAAUAUUGGUAAAUACUUGUGAGAUCGAAAUUACAGAAUCGAAAUUUGUUUAAGUUUAUAUUUUAAGAUUAACGAAAGAGGAAAUAUCA